UUCUUUGUUUUUCUAGUUUCCUUCCACGGAGAUCAUGAGAAAUCCAAUUUGUUCAUUAAUCUCAUCUGGCCGUGGUCUCAGGACCUCCAGAUCCACCAGAACCAGAUCAAAGAUGGAGGAAAUCCCUUUUGACACUUCCACAGAUUCCUCCAAAAAACUUCAAACCGGCGGGACAUAUGAUCCAACUGAGAUGGACGCGUCACCUUUAGGUGCUGCUGUGGGAGAACCAGGAGGAACCCUUGUUUCUUUCUUCUCCCGCUCCUCCGUUCCUGAGGUGUGGCUGAUGAGGUUUGGUUUGUCAGGCUGUAAAAUAACAGUGUUAUGCAUCCACAGUAAUUGUACACCUGAGCGUCACUUCGAUGUGGAAGCAGGCUUUCUCUGAAGCUGCUGGUUGAUUAUAAACAGAUAAAGGGAUCUGUUGGUUUGAGUGAUGACUCAGCACAAAAUACACCCAGUGUUUCCUGCAGAUCCACAGUCUCCAUUUGCUCUCUGCUCAAAACUAAACUUGAUUGUGUCUGGUGCUUGCUUUAGGAACAGAAUCGUCCCUUGUAUCUUCUGUUUGCGGGUAUUUGUUGAAGCAGUCGCUGUUAGCGGCUCCUGUGCGCACAGGCGCAUCGCUGCGGAGCUCCGAGCCUGGCGCGGAGCCAAGCCUGUCUGGUGUCAAACCAGCCUGAACAGAUGCUGUGAGACAUCUCAUUCCUGCACCGGCACCCUGCCCACCCCUGAGCAGAGGAGUCUGGCGCUGACAGCUCAUCAUCUGCCUUUAAGACGCUCCGCGGAGCCGCAGCCUCCAUCCGGCACAACCCCAGCCCAACAUGGCUUUUACGCGCAGACGCGGCUCCGUUUGCGCUCCAGCUUUCCUUGAUGCUGCGUUUUGAUGAUAUUUCAGUUUCCUGUUUAUCCACGGAAAUGAUCUGUCUAGACCCAUAAAGAACCAAAGUCUGGGUAAUAUGAACUUUUCGCCAAGCGGAAUAUAUUUUUAUUUAUCUGUAGCAGUCUGCUGGCUCACAGCCAAGGUCGACUCAUCCUGGUGGUACAUGGGCUCCCAGGUGAUGUGCGACAACAUCCCUGGCCUGGUGAACAAGCAGCGCCAGCUCUGUCGCCAACACCCCAAAGUCAUGCAGGCCAUCGGUGCUGGGAUGAAGGACUGGAUCUCAGAGUGCCAGCACCAGUUCCGCAACCACCGCUGGAACUGCAACACCACAGGCCGGGACCAAAACCUUUUUGGACGUCUGCUCCUACGCAGCAGUAGAGAGGUAGCAUUUGUCUACGCCCUCUCCUCUGCCGGAGUGGUCUACACAUUGGCACGAGCCUGCAGCCGGGGUGAGCUGGACUCCUGCUCCUGUGAUCCUACUAAGAAGGGUUCUUCACAAGAUGCCAAGGGCCUGUUUGACUGGGGAGGCUGCAGCGACCAUGUUGAACAUGCUGUUCGUUUCAGCCAAACCUUCGUGGAUGCCAAGGAGCAGGAGGAGAGGGAUGCUCGAGCGCUCAUGCAUCUGCACAACAACAGAGCUGGCAGGAAGGCAGUGAAGCGCUUUAUGACUCUGGAGUGUAAAUGUCAUGGGGUCAGUGGCUCAUGCAGCGUCCGGACCUGCUGGCAGGCCAUGGCUGACUUCCGACGCACAGGUGACCACUUGAGGAGGAGGUACAACGGCGCUGUGCAGGUGGCAGUAAACCAGUAUGGUACCGGGUUCACCGCUGCACACGCACACUUCAAACGGCCCAACAAACAUGACCUGGUCUACCUGGAGGACUCACCAGACUACUGCAUACGAGACCAGGAGUCAGGGUCGAUGGGCACCGGAGGAAGGCUGUGCAGCCGGACGUCCCGCGGGGUGGACGGAUGCGAGGUGAUGUGCUGCGGCCGAGGCUAUGACACAUCUCGAGUCAGCCGAACCUUUAAGUGUGAGUGCAAGUUCCACUGGUGCUGCGCUGUCCGCUGCCAAGACUGCCACCAGCAGGUGGAUGUGCACACAUGUAAGGGCCAUACGUGAUGCCACUGACCACCUCUACACCUGUCCUCCUGAGCCACAGAGCUGCCGUCCUACUGGGACAAGUCACAGCGGACACAUUUAGAGCUGAACUCCUCAGCGUUAGAGACACCAGCUCUUGCUGUUUAAUUCUCCACCUCAUCAGAUAUCAGACCUACUGAAGAACUCGAGACAGAACAAUCCAUUAUAACUGUGGACGAGAUGAACGGCUGAAGAUGAGGUCCUACCCUAACUUCUAACUAGACCUUCUCGUGGUUCCUGUGCAGUCUAAAGACAAAGUUAGAAAUUUCAUACCCUAAAACGUGUGAAUCUGUUCUUUUCUGAAUGUUUUUUUGUUUCAGCAGCAGUUAUUGUGUCGGUCAGCAUGAACCCCGUAAAUCGUCACAUGUGAUACACGAGCUUCUGAUUUCUAGGGAUCAUCGGUUUCUCCCAACAUGGCUGCCUGCUCUUUUCCUUCCUGCUACACACUCGGACUGAUCUGUUUCAGGUUGAUGGCUGCAGAAAUGUAAAUAAAUCACAUCUGUCACA